CCGGAAAGAGCCGAGCAUCGGCGGCGCCGCCCGAGGAGGCGCGCGGCGGCGGCGGCGGCAGCGGCGGCGGGGGAUCAUGGCGCAGCAGGUCGAGCAGCUGCGGGCUGACGGCGUCCACAAGGAGCUGAUCCGCGAGGGCGCGGGCCCGCUGCCCGACUUCCGAGACGGCACCAAGGCGACCUUCCACUACCGGACACUGCGGUGCGGGGCCGAGGAGCGGGUCCUGGACGACAGCCGCGCGAGGGGGAAACCCAUGGAGCUCAUCGCCGGCAAGAAGUUCAAGCUGCCGGUGUGGGAGGCGGCGCUACGCACCAUGCGGCCGGGAGAGCGCGCCCGCUUCCGCUGCGACGUCAAGCAUGUCGUGCUGUAUCCCAUGGUGUCCAAGAGCCUGCGCAACAUCGCAGCAGGGAAGGACCCGCUGGAGGGGCAGCGGCACUGCUGCGGCAUCGCACAGCUCCAUGAGCACCACUCACUUGGCUACCCUGACCUUGACGAGCUGCAGAAGAACCCCGAGCCCCUUACCUUCGACAUUGAAUUGCUCAAGGUAGAGGAGCCCGGCUCAUACCAGCAGGACCCCUGGGCCAUGACGGACGAGGAGAAGCUGCAGGCUGUACCCCUGAUCCACAAAGAGGGCAAUGAACUGUACCGGCAGGGCAAAGUGCAUGAGGCAGCCGCCAAGUACUAUGAUGCCAUCGCCUGCCUCAAGAACCUGCAGAUGAAGGAACAGCCUGGCUCUCCAGACUGGAUUGAGCUCGACCAGAAGAUCACACCACUGCUGUUAAACUAUUGCCAGUGCAAGCUGCAGUGCCAGGAAUACUACGAGGUGCUGGAUCAUUGCUCCUCCAUUCUCAACAAGUAUGAGGACAACGUCAAGGCCUACUUCAAGCGGGGCAAGGCGCAUGCGGCAGUGUGGAACGUGGCGGAGGCACAGGCUGACUUUGCCAAGGUGCUGGCGCUUGACCCCUCACUGCGCUCCAUCGUGGCCAAGGAGUUGCGGAGCCUGGAAGCCCGCCUGCGCGAGAAGGACAAGGAGGACAAGGUCCGCUUCAAGGGCAUCUUCUCUCAGUAGAGGACAUGGCUGCAUGUGAGAGUCCAAUACUCUCUAACCAGGUUCUUUUAGAUAUUCCACAUGUGGAAUGUUUAUUAAUGUUUAUUAAUGUUUAAUACAAGGUUUACUUAUUUGAAGUUAUUUGGAAUUGCACAGGGUUUUGACUUAGCAGUGAUACAGUCGUGCACUUAAAUCACAAUAUAAGUUCAAAUUAGACUUAGCAGAGUAUAGCAAUUGCAGUAUACAGUUAAAUCACAGUAUAAAUGUAAAUCUCAUUGCCUGUCUCUACAAUACGCUCAUCAGCAGAACGCCAAGCAUCCUCAAUCACCAGAAAGGACUGUGUUGAAGCCUGCUCAAACCCAUUGCUCUCUGAUAUCAGAGUUCCUUUGUUUGUUCUUUGGUUUUUAUACGUUAUAUUGGGCUGUAUGAUCCCCAUGCCAGUCUGGCUGAGUUGUUCAUAGCCAUGGGGUCUCCAGUGCCAAGUUUGUGCCCCAUCUCUUACUGCUUCGUGCCUGUACUCCUCUAUGACACAUCCUGUGUCACAACUUCUCAAGGCCUCUGCACUCAUACCAGGCCUGUAUUUCUCUAUGCCACAUCAUUUUGUCAUAGUCCUAAAUGUCUUAUUCUACAUAGAAUAACUGCUUGUUACUGCUAUCUGUGUAAAACUAUGGUCGUACUAUCUAAAGAUAAAACAAAUAUAAAACAAAUUAA